CAGGCGGCAGCAUGAAGCCUCUGCUAAGCUGGUGCCGACGCGCGCUGGUGGCGCUGAUCCUCGCCUGCAGUGGGGCGGGGGUCCAGGGAGAAGAGAGAGGAUUCCCGCCGGCCAGGGCCACUGUGCCACUUUGGGGGCCCGGAGAGAUCACGACGCCUCCCACUGAGGCUUCCUGGUCCAAGGGUCCCAACGCCAGCGUGCCGUGGUCUUCUGCACCUCCGCAGAUGCCUAAGGGAGGGAGAACAGCCGGAGGCCCGCCACGCACCCUCACCCCUCCCCCCUGCGAAAAAUCCAUCGAGAUCAAGGAGACUUUCAAGUAUAUCAACACGGUGGUGUCCUGUCUAGUGUUCGUGCUGGGCAUCAUCGGAAACUCCACACUGCUGAGAAUCAUUUACAAGAACAAGUGCAUGCGAAACGGCCCUAAUAUCUUGAUAGCCAGCCUGGCUCUGGGAGACCUGCUGCACAUCAUCAUUGACAUCCCCAUCACUGUCUACAAGCUGCUUGCUGAGGACUGGCCCUUUGGAGUUGAGAUGUGUAAGCUGGUGCCUUUCAUACAGAAGGCCUCCGUGGGAAUCACUGUGUUGAGUCUAUGCGCUCUAAGUAUCGACAGAUAUCGAGCCGUUGCCUCUUGGAGUCGAAUUAAAGGAAUUGGGGUUCCAAAAUGGACAGCAGUAGAAAUUGUUUUAAUUUGGGUGGUCUCCGUGGUUCUGGCUGUCCCUGAGGCCGUGGGUUUUGAUAUGAUAACCAUUGACUACAAAGGACGUUACCUGCGAAUCUGCUUGCUUCAUCCUACCCAGAAAACAGCCUUCAUGCAGUUUUACAAGACAGCUAAAGAUUGGUGGCUAUUUAGUUUCUAUUUCUGCUUGCCAUUGGCCAUCACUGCCUUUUUUUAUACCCUGAUGACCUGUGAAAUGUUGAGAAAGAAGAGUGGCAUGCAGAUUGCUUUAAAUGACCACUUAAAGCAGAGACGGGAAGUUGCCAAAACAGUCUUUUGCCUGGUCCUUGUCUUUGCCCUGUGCUGGCUUCCCCUUCACCUCAGCAGGAUUUUGAAGCUCACUAUUUAUGAUCAGAAUGAUCCCAAUAGAUGUGAACUUUUGAGCUUUUUGUUGGUGUUGGAUUAUAUCGGCAUCAAUAUGGCCUCCCUGAAUUCCUGCAUUAAUCCUAUAGCUCUGUAUUUGGUGAGCAAAAGAUUCAAAAACUGCUUUAAGUCAUGCUUAUGCUGCUGGUGCCAGUCAUUUGAAGAAAAACAGUCCUUAGAGGAAAAGCAGUCAUGCUUAAAGUUCAAAGCUAAUGAUCACGGAUAUGACAACUUCCGUUCCAGUAAUAAAUACAGCUCAUCUUAA